UGAGCUGGCGCUGCGCUCGGCCCGUCGCUACUCGCUACCCGUGCGUCGUGGAGUGCAGGUGUCGCGGUGGGCCAUCCCCCCUCUCUCUCUCUCUCCUCCUCCGCCUACACUCUGUCCCUCCCUCGCUACCGGAGGCCGGGCAGCGCGCUGCAAGUCCGGACAGAGAAUCGAGAGAAUGGCAGGUUUAAAUCAACUCCUUACAUGCAGCUGCGUACUCUUCUCCGUAGCGACGCUAACAACUGCAGUGCCUUUCGAUCGUCAACUGGGUCUUAGCAGCAGCACGUACACGAAUAAGAACGUCACGUCGGACAGCGAAAAUGUGUGCAUGAUCGACGACGUGCUGUACCAAACCGGCGACGCCAUCCCCACGGCCAGCCCGUGCGAGAAGUGCGUCUGCCGGCCGCCUGGGUUCGCCUGCUCCAUCAUCACGUGCGAGAAGCGACCCAACUGCCGCGCGCUGCAGCGCUCCAACCAGUGCUGCCCCGAGUACAAGUGCGACUGCGAGCACGAGGGCAAGGUGUACCACAACGGGCAGAGGCUGGACGACAGCCUGAACCCGUGCAAGGUGUGCUACUGCCAGGGCGGGGAGAUAGCGUGCACCGUCAUAGAGUGCUACAAGAGGGACGACUGCGUGCCGAGACACGUGCCGGGGAUGUGCUGCCCCAAGUACGACAACUGCCCGCCCAGAGACCCGGCGCGGUCCGCAGCCAACAACUCGGUCCGACCCGCGAACGCCACGGCGGCCAGGGAGGCGCCGCAGACCAGGGACGUCGCCGACGUGAGGCUGAACCUGCUCGGCGAGACGGAGGCCGCCACGACGAGCCGGCCGCCGUCGGCGAAGCCCGUCUCCAACAGCGUCGACGACGACCUGCCGCAAGGCGACGACCCCCAGGUCGCCUACGACGCCUACGACGACGGCGACGGCGGCGACGCCAACUCGACGAGCACGACCAGCAUAUUCUUCUACGACGACGGGGUCAACUCCACGACCACGCUGGACUACGACGGCCGCCGCGAGACGACGAGCUCUCCGUGGACGGACGUGCCGACCUUCCCCACCGACUGGACCACGUACACCCCGGACUGGUCGUCUGACGGCUCCCCCGGUACCACGCAGAGCACCAGCUCUGUCAGCGACUGGUUCCCCGACUACUUCCCGACCAUGCCGGACUACUGGUACAGCAACGUGACCGCGGACUACUACACCACCGACAGUUCAGACGGUACGUCGAGUACACCCGGGUCCACAGACAUUCCCACUUCGAGCGCCUCUGAAUCGCAGACCGUUUCAGAAACUUCUCCGAGCACGUUCUCGACGACCACCGCCGACUUUAACGUCUCGGACGACGCGACCGAAGGCUCUUCCGCGGAACACCCGACGACCCACUCGGUUACGAUUUACCCGAAUCUGACGAUGCCCGAAGGAACUUCCAAGCCCGACGUGGUGGGCAUAUUCAUCGACAUCGUGAAGACUUUCAAUCCGGCGGGCAGCUUCUUCGGCAGCGGGGACGAGCCCGACGCGCGGACCUCGAACUGCGUCGACGGAGGCGAGGACUGCGACCAGUCGGGCGGGGAACAACUCCUCGGCGACCUCGGAGAAGCCAACGCCACCUCGAACGGGACCGAGGGAACCACCGCUGGACCCGACGCGGAGCCGUCGACCACGGUGGAAGGGACUGGUGACGGCGGGGACAACUCCACAGUCGCCGGCGACGAAGGGGAGGCCCAGGGAAGCGAGCAGGUCGAGGCGAGCAUGCAGGAAGGCGCAGGAGACGAGCCCGUCAGCUCCGGGAUCAUGCCCGCGGACAUAGCCCUGUCGGACCAGCAGCGCCUGGAGGAGGAAGAAGGAUCCACCGGGGAGUGGAGCGGCGUCGAAGAGUCGACGACCCAGGAUUCUCCUCCCGUGGUUGCAAAAAUUCUGCCCGGCGUGCUGGCCCUGAAGGCCAACGACACCGCUGAAGGGUCGACUGUCGUCGGCUCCAGCGGGUCCGGAGACCCCGGAGCGACCGCGGAGGACGCCAUACCGAAGGAGUGGCUGAAGACGGAGGUGACGACGACUUCGGGCGACGACGCGGAGGGAGCCGGCGCGACGCAAGCCGACGACGUCGGGUCGACGGCGAGCACCGAAGACUCGUCCAACUCGGCGGAGGCUGACGGGGGCGAGGCGGAAGCCUACACGAGCACCGACAGCGGACAUUCUUCAGAGGUGGACUCUACUGUCGCCGAUGACGGCGGCUCCACACUCGGCCCGGAAGCCGGCGACCAGUCGACGGAAAAAGGAGAGACUACAACUUCAGAAACGAGUAGUUAGAAAAAAAAAUUGAUAUGGACGUUGUACUCUUGCGGUCUGGUACAGUUUUGGUCUAUUGAGUACCUCACAUGUUAAAAAAAAAAUUAAGAACUUUUUUUUUUUAAAUGCUGAAAAUUAUCCUCGGGUGUUUAGGUAUCGUACCACAAACAAUUCACCUGAAACAAUUUAAGCAAAUUUUUAUACUACGAAACCGUUUCAAUGAGGUGUAUUUUUGAAAAAAAUAAUAAGUGGAUAUUUAGGGUUUUAUCUGCAGUGAAAAAUUCGUAAUGAAUAUUUUUUUAAUAUAGUAAUGUGCCACGAAGAAAACAGAUAAUUGAAAUAAAUUUUUGUAACCAAUAAUCUUUCAAAUAUCGGAGUGUGCAUUCAUAAAUAGUUGUGACGUGUUUUAUAUAUAUUUAAAAAAAAUAUUGAUUGAAGGGCUAUAUUUUGAAAAAACCUUCAGCAUGUUUACUCAUUACUGCCAAAUAACUGACAUUUAAAAUUUAAAGCUUUAUAUCAUUACUAAAGAGUAUUACAUAUUAGUGUUGGGGCUAGUAUUAACGAGUAAGAAUUAUCGGUAGUGAUGAAAUGCUGAUGAUAUUCCGAUAUUCGAAAUAUUUGGAGCCAUACUAACUGUAUGAACCCAGUACGAGUACCUGUACAUUACAUAAAACUGUAUUACUACGUGUGUUUCAUGGCGUUUUCACGCAACAGUAGCCAGUUAAAUAUUUAAACCUACAGUAUUAUCGGUUUCACGGUGUGGUGUGGCAGCCCUUUGCUCAGAGAGACCUGACGAACACUGAUUGAGCACUUUCCCUGAGCAAAGUGCCUUUGCUGGGUGUUCUGUUAGCUAUAGGGUGAGUAGAGUAACAAGCCCAUGCAGUCGGGACCAGCAUUAAGUAGGGCACUACAUAGAAUUAUUGUUUGUGUAUGUUGUAUGCAAAUGUUGUAGUUGUGUCCUUCUUUGUGUUCUGUUGGAAUAAAUCUAAAAUUUUUAAUAUUCCUAUGAA